AUGACCACCUUCAUUGAAUUUAUCAACAGUCAUUCCAAACACGUAAGGAACAUUGUGGCCGACAUGAUAACUCAACCGGGUUCAAGUCAGGUCGCUGGAUUCGUCGUCGACAUGUUGUGCACCGGGAUGACAGAUGUGGCAAACGAGUUUAAUGUUCCAACAUAUGUGUUCUUCCCUUCUAAUGCGGGUUUUCUUGGAUUUAAGUUAUACAUCCAGACGCUUUGUGAUGAUCAUAACGAAGACAUCGUUAAACUGAGCAACUCAGAUUCCACAAUUUCCAUUCCGAGUUUUAUGAAUCCAGUGCCAACAAAGGUUUUUCCAGGGGUCGUUCAAACCCCAGAAGGGCUCGACUUUAUCCUGAGGUCUGCUCGGAAACUAAGAGAAGCAAGAUCGAUCAUUGUUAACACAUUCAUGGAAUUGGAAACACACGCGAUUGAGUCAUUGUUGGAGGACAACACCAUUCCACCGGUGUAUCCUGUGGGCCCUAUACUCAACCUAGAAAGCAUUGCCGAAAAAGGGUCGGGUAAUGAUGACAUCAUCACCUGGUUGGAUUCUCAACCGCCUUCCUCGGUGGUGGUGUUGUGUUUUGGGAGCAUGGGAAGUUUUGAUGAGGUUCAAGUGAAGGAGAUAGCACAUGGUUUAGAGAGGAGUGGCCACCAUUUCGUGUGGUCUUUGCGUCAAACUUCGAUAGAUCAAAAAACAGGAGCGCCGAGUGAUUGUGAGGAUCCGAGAACGGUAUUGCCGGAAGGAUUUUUGGAACGGACUGCCGGGAUCGGAAAAGUGACUGGGUGGUUGCCGCAGGUGGCUUUGCUGGCUCAUUGUGCAGUCGGAGGGUUUGUGUCUCACUGUGGGUGGAACUCGUUGUUGGAGAGUUUGUGGUUUGGUGUACCAUCGGCGACAUGGCCAAUCUACGCUGAGCAACAGAUGAAUGCGUUUGAGAUGGUGGUGGAGCAUGGAUUGGCGGUGGAGAUCAAGUUGGAUUAUAAGAAGGAUUUUGUUAAUCAGGAAGUUGAUAAAGUUGUAGUCACGGCGAAGGAGAUUGAAUGUGGUGUAAGACGAGUGAUGGAGGAUAACAAGGUCAGAAGGAAGGUGAAAGAUAUGAUGGCGAAGAGUAGAGCAGCGGUGGUCGACGGUGGUGCUUCGUAUGAGUCUGUUGGAUCUCUUAUUUUGGACUUUAAAAGAAACAUCUCCUGA